GGGGCGGAGGGCGGCGCCCGGCAAGUUGGGCGCCGAGGCGAGGGCGCCGCUUCCUCCUCGCCCCGCCGGCGGUCGCCGCUCCGCUCCGCGCCCAGCAUGGACAGCAAGCCGCUGCUGCAGGAGCGGCCGCCCGCCUACAGCCCCGCCGCGCCGGGCGCGGGCUACGACUACGGGCAGAGCAACUACGGCGCCAUCCCCGCCCCGCAGCCCGGCUUCCAGCCGCCCCCGCCGUACCCUUACCCGGGCGCCGCGGCCGCCGCAGGCUAUGCUGUUCCUCCGCCGGCCUCGCAGCCCAACUACUCGAGCACAUACACCAUCAUUCAGCAGCCUGCUGCCACCACCUCUGUUGUAGUAGUUGGAGGCUGUCCCGCCUGCAGGGUUGGCGUGUUGGAGGACACCUUCACCUGCCUCGGUGUUCUGUGUGCCAUUGUGUUCUUUCCAAUUGGGAUUCUGUUCUGUCUUGCACUGAGGCAGCGAAGAUGCCCAAAUUGCGGGGCGGCUUUUGGCUAAGUGGGAUGAACGUGGAUGUGCUAUGGAAGCUACAACUGUUAGCGUACUCUUUCUAAUGUAAAUGUCAUGUACAAUCAUUUUAUUUGCUUCAGACCUGUUUUGUAAAGUGUGAAGAAAUUUAGUCUCUUGCAUGUAAUUUAAUCUUUUAUGAGCAUGUGCAUUGCAAACAUGAAAACCGAACUUGUUUUCCAUGUUUAGUGGCACCUCUUGAAAACUAAAUAAAACUGCUUUUCCUUUUGCAAUCCUCAA